AAAAGGACCCAAUUAAUGAACACCAGUGCACACGCACGCGUGUAUAAAGAGGGAAUUUAGUAUAGGUUAAGAGUAUAUAUAAAUUAAUAUAAUUUUUGAAAGUGUGUGUGAAGAUGAUAGUUUUAAAUUUUAUUAUAACAAUUUAGGUAUAUUUUAGGUAUAAUAUACAAAAUUGAAUGUACAAAGCAUUAUUACGAAAUACAUUGCCUUUUAUUAUUAACGUUUGAACAAUACGUGUCUUAUGUCAAUAUAUCGUUUCGACGUCAGACAAUGGUACGUACAUGCAUCUGUUGCAAAUACCGUGUGAACAAACACGAUUCGGACGUAUCGCUUUAUGGGUUCCCGAAAGACGACAACAUCUUGAAAAAAUGGUUGUUAGUGAUCGGUGCCGAGAAAAAGGUUUGCGAAUCGUCGCGAAUAUGUUCACGUCACUUCAAGAAAGACGACUUCAGGUACAGCCUUGUUGGAGGCAAUCGCUUUCUGAAGUUUGGAGCUAUACCGUCUCUUUAUUUGAACGGAGUGGUCAAGGAUGAGCAAUCCUUUGACAGUCAAGAUAGCAAAGCAAUAAUCUCUGAAGAGGAUCAAACCAUGAACAAAGUACUAAACAUUGCAAAUUUGCAAGAUGAGGAAUCUAGGAAUGAUGAUCAGUCGUUAUACACCAUUAAGAUAAAGGAACAAUCUAGUACAGGAAAUACAUAUGAACCCACACAAUUUGUAUCUCAUAGUGAAACAGGAGUAUCUAAGAGGUUAUCACUCUCGUUGCCUGGCCAAAGCGAGCCGGGAAGCAGACGCAAAAAAUUCCUGUACGACGUCAGCUGGGAGGAGAUCUCCACUUCCCCAGUGCAAGCUAAAAUCUAUUGGGAAGUGGCAAUGGGAAAGAUCACGCGACAAAAGGUAGUCCUGAAGACCUUGCAACAGAAAGUCAGGAGGUUAAAGGGAAGAAUCGCAGAAUUACGGUCUCUGGUGCAGAAAAAGGAUGUAAAUAAAUAAAAGGACAUGUGCAAUGUUGAUUUUCCUUCUAUA